UUCUAAUUUCAGACAUCUGUAGCUAGGCCUGUUCAACGGGGGUAGAGCUUUUGUUGUCAUAGCGAACAGGGGCUUGUUCUGUACGGGUGUCCUUAAGAAGGACAUGACUUUGCAACAGCGACCAGACCGACAGCAGAAGUGAGGAUCAUGGUUCUUUCUGAAGGAACCAUAGAGGCCCACGCAGGGAGCGGCGACACCAUGGCGGACCGAAGACAACUGUUUGCGGAGAUGAGGGCUCAAGAUCUGGACUCCAUAAGGUUGUCGACGUACAGGACAGCUUGCAAACUCCGAUUCGUUCAGAAGAAAUGCAACCUCCAUUUGGUGGACAUCUGGAAUGUGAUCGAGGCUUUCAGAGAGAACGGCCUCAACACCAUGGACCUCAACACGGAGUUCACUGUGGCUCGGCUGGAAGCAAUACUGUCCACCAUCUUCUACCAGCUGAACAAGCGCAUGCCCACCACUCACCAGAUCAGCGUGGAGCAGUCCAUAAGCCUGCUGCUCAACUUCCUGCUGGCGGCGUACGACCCGGAAGGCCUUGGAAAAAUAUCAGUCUUCAUUGUCAAAAUGGCCCUAGCAACCAUUUGCGGAGGGAAGAUUAUAGACAAGCUAAGAUACAUUUUUUCACAGAUAUCAGAUCCUGGUGGUAUCAUGGUAUACUCCCAGUUUGACCAAUUUCUAAGGGAGGUACUCAAAUUACCAAUGACCGUUUUUGAGGGGCCGUCCUUUGGCUAUACUGAGCAGGCCACAAGAACCUGCUUCGCACAGCAGAAAAAGGUGUCCCUCAACAUCUUCCUGGAUACGCUGAUGUGGGACCCUCCCCCUCAGUGUCUGGUGUGGUUGCCGCUCAUGCACCGCCUCGCCAAUGUGGAGAACGUCUUUCACCCGGUCGAGUGCUCCUACUGUCACAGUGAGAGUAUGAUGGGCUUCCGCUACCGCUGCCAGCAAUGUCAUAAUUACCAGCUCUGUCAGGACUGCUUCUGGAGGGGGCAUGCCAGCGGUUCCCAUAGCAACCAGCACCAGAUGAAGGAAUACACGUCAUGGAAAUCCCCCGCCAAGAAGUUAUCCAGCGCGCUCAGUAAGUCCCUGAGCUGUGCGUCCAGUCGGGAGCCUCUCCACCCCAUGUUCCCUGACAUGCCUGAGAAGCCCCUAAACCUAGCCCACAUAGUAGACACAUGGCCACCCAGACCAAUGAACCUAACCAACGACUACGCCCUCUCCCACUCCAUGCCCACCACAGGGAACCCCUACUCCACCAAACACACCAAGAAUAAUGAAGUUGAGCACAGAAAGAACUUGGCUAGGGCCGCACCAGAUCUGUUGAGAGGGAAGGGGUUAAACUACAGCCUUGAUGUGGCCGAUAGGCUUGCCGAUGAACAUGUUCUGAUUGGCCUCUAUGUGAAUCUGCUCCAAAACAACCCUAAAUGUUUGCUGGAGAGCACCAACCACCAGGAUGAAGAGCACAGCCUCAUCGCCCGCUACGCCGCCAGACUGGCCUCCGACGCAGCCAUCACGCAGCGUGUGCAGCAGCAGAGGGUCCCCACAGAGCUGUGCUUCUCUCUGGACGCCAACAAGCAGCAGCGGCAGCUGAUCGCUGAGCUGGAGGACAAAAACAGAGAGAUCCUGCAGGAAAUCCAGAGGUUGCGUGUGCAGCAUGAGCAGGCCUCCCAGCCUCCCCCAGACAAGGGCCAGCAGAACCCCACUCUCCUGGCUGAGCUUCGCCUCCUCAGGCAACGCAAAGACGAGCUGGAGCAAAGAAUGUCGGCUCUGCAGGAGAGUCGCAGGGAGCUCAUGGUGCAGCUGGAGCAGCUGAUGAUGCUACUGAAGGAGGAAGAACGGAAGCAAGCUACCCAGGGUCCUAGCUCCCCUCGCUCCUCCCCCAGCCACACCGUCUGCCGGCCUAUCCCCACGCCGACCCAGUCAGAGUCAGCCGGUACCACCCCCACCCACACGCCUCAGGACUCUCUCAUGGGGGUGGGAGGGGACGUGCAGGAGGCCUUCGCUCAGGGACCCAGGAGAAACCUGAGGAACGACCUCCUCGUUGCCGCCGACUCCAUCACGAACACCAUGUCAUCGCUCGUCAAGGAGCUGAACUCAGAGGGGGGCAGCGAGACAGAGAGCCUUCUGGACUCAGAGUUCGGGCGGUGCCAGAUCGACAACAUGAUGCCCACUCCCAGCCCAGAGGGGCUCCUGGCGCAGGUCACCACCAGACCAAGGCAUGCAGGCGCGGGAGAGGAGCUGAGCUACGAGAACGAGUUGGAACGUCAGCUGGAGGAGGAGCUGGUGAAACACCGACCAGAGUCAGAGCAAGCCAUGGUGACAUUGAAGCAAUGACCAUGUAUAGCUCAUGUCCUGGUUCAGUGAGCAAUAUUUCAAAUGACACAGGUAGAGAACACUGGACAGAACUGCAAAGCAAGCUGUUAAGAGGCAUCAAGGAUCACAGUCUAUAACACUGAUAGACCCACCUUAUAAUACAUAUAUGAUAUGUAAAUAUCUAUUUUUCAAAACCAACAACAUAUUAAAGAGAAUACUGUGAACUGAAAGAGAGACAAUGAACAACAGAGCUGUUUUUAAUACCACCGGUGCCAUAAAAUCUGAUGACUUUUGGGGAAUCAUCUUUUGAUUUUUAUCCUCAUUUUUUGGGUAUUGGUCGUUAAGAAUUGUGUACGUAGUAAGGAGAGUAUAGGUUUAUGGUGGUCAAACCUGUUGGGUUGUGUUUCAUUAAAACGGGUGACUCUGUUGAAAACAGGCAGAACAUUAUAAACAGGCAACAGUAAUGUAUGUCGGGCUGUAUACAUUCACCCACCAGUCCACAAACUUCUUACUACCACUGGUGUUGUGUGGCUUUCGUAUUUUUGUUUGACAUUCAUCUUUUUAUCAAAAGAAUAGUGACGUGAAGGGUUGAUUUUUAAUAGAUGCAUACCAUAUCUCAUAAACAAGUGCACUGUCUCAGCUGAUGGUGCUUAGUCUCUGAAUGGGAUUCAGUCCAACCUUAAGUUCCAAACAGCAAUGUUCUUGAAGUUGUAUUAUACUAUGUGAACAAGUGUCGCACCAAACGGAGACUUGAUUGAAUGCCACUAAUAGUGUUGUAAAAGUGAAAGCAAGGCUAGAUGAGGAAGUGGUAAAAAGGUCAAAAAAGGGUAGUUGAGUUUAAUUGCAUUGCUGAUUGUCACGAGGAAAUGAUACAUUCAAAUGCAUAUUGCGAUGGUAUACAACAUUUAACAUAGAAUUAAAAACAUUGUUGAAGGCAUAAACAUUUGUUUACUUUCAGGCAUUGAAUCAUUGUUCGCUUUUUGGUAUAGGUUUUUGAAGUUGUCUUGUCAUUUUAAAUGUUCUGACCAAAUUGUUAACUUUUUCUCAAACGUAGACACAAAAAAACACACUUGAUGUUCUUGAUCAGUGUGCGUGUACAAUAUAAAGUUACCCAGUCACUCUAAGACGUGUGGCAAGCCAAUCUUAAAAUCACUAAUGUGUGAAAUGUGUCUUGUAUGAUUUUUGAGCUAGUUCAUAACAGUGGUUUUGCAUGGUGGUGAUGCAUAAUAAAGAGUUGACACAA